ACUGGUGAGCAUGAAAACAAUUUCUUAGAUCUUUCGGUUGGCACUGGUAGCAGUGAAGAUCUUGGAGAAACAGAAGUUGGACUGCAAGUCGGACAUUCUCGCAAUUUUACGUUAAGUCCUGAAAUGACUGAUUGUGAUAGUAACUGCGGAGAUCUUGAUAGCGAAGUUUCCUUAAUGAUGAUGGAUAAUGAAUUGAUACCAGCCAGUGGGCUUCUUGGAUCUGUCGGCGACUUAGGAAAUAAUUCAGAUUCAUUACGAAUAUACACUAGCAUGCCGGUUCUUGAGGAUGGUUUGUCCAGCGGUCAUGCUAGUGAUACUGAUAAUAAUAAUCCAACGGUAAUGUUAAUGAAACGACAGAUUAAUGAAAUUGAGAAGGAGAUUAUUCAAAGAAGUCGCGUAAACGACACUGGCUAUCCUACUGCAGCGGAAAACGAUUCGACCGGAAAUGACCUUUCCGGUUUAACCGUCAGCAAAGAUAUUUUACAUUCUUUAAAAUCUUCAUCACCUGAUUUGUUUGUUCCUAAAAAAGAAAAUUCGUAUGACGCAAAUGAAUUACAACUUGAUGGUCUGGAUCCUCUUGGUACACCUCCACCUCCAGCACCUCAAGCUAGACAAACAGUCAAUUUAGAAAUAGGUGGCGAAGUCGAAGCUGCUAUUAAAGAUAUUAGAAUGGCAUUGCAAAGGACUAAGACUUUACCUGUGAAACCUUCAACGGAAGAACCCCUGGAACCUAAUGUCAGUCCUAUUUGGAUACCAAGGCGGAGGAUUUGCGUAGAAAAUAAUAGUGAAGAUUCGGAAAUGCGACGUGCGGGUGAAGAAGCAGACGUUGAAAUUGAGGAAGGGCCAGACGAAGAAGAGGCAGAUACAGAUCUCGAAACUGAUCGUUUGCUUGGUCAACAAAGAACAGAUGAUCAGGGCUUUUACGAUGAUAAGGUAAGAUUUACAAUACAAUGAGAAGUAGUAAAUAAA